AUGACUAAUAACAAUCAAGGAAUAAAUACUGACGGAAUAAGUGAAGGUUUACAUAGUAAGGAUUUAUGGAAACCAUUCAAUUGUCAUUUGGCAUCAUAUAUUAAAUCUUCACUUCAAUUACGUUUUAUUAAUUCAAAAAAUUUAAUUAUUGGGCGAGCAUUACGUCAUGCAAUAGUUGAUUUACUUUAUAAUAUAACAAAACAUCCAAAUGAGUAUAUAGAAAAUAACACAACUGUUAUUGGUACUGAACAUCGUUUAUAUCAUUCACGUCGUUAUAUAUAUAAAUUAAACACUAAUAAAUGUCAACUUUCAAAAGAAAAUGAAGAUGAUGAUGAUGAUGAUGAUAAUAAUAAUAAUAAUAAUAAUAUUAAUAAUAAUAAUAAUGAUGAUGAUGAUGAAAUUGAAUUUGAAAUAAGUUCAAUAGCUCCAACAGUUUUUUAUAAACUACGUGAAGAUAUAGGUAUAUCAAAUAUUGAUUUUCGUCGAUCAUUUUCAAAACAUCAUUUAAAAGAUUUUGUUAAUCCUGGUAACAGUGGUUCAUUAAUGUAUAGAACAUUUGAUGAUUUAUAUAUAUUAAAAACAUUACAUGGAUAUGAAGCACGUGUAUUAAUGAAUAUUUUAUCUGGUUAUCAUUUACAAUUAGUACAACGACCAACAAUACUUAAUCGUUAUGUUGGUUUAUAUUCAGUACGUUUGCGACGAGUAGUACUAUCCACAUUUUAUAUUGUUAUUAUGGUAAAUGCAUUUACACCAUCAUUACAAAUUAAUCAAAUAUUUGAUUUAAAAGGUUCAACUAUUAAAAGAAGAACAAAAGGAAAUCUAUAUCCAGAUAAAUCACAUCAAUUAAAAGAUAUGGAUUUUAUCGAUUUAUAUCCAUAUGGUAUACGUAUACCAUCGAAUAUUUAUCAUCGUUUAUAUACGGUGAUAUCAAAUGAUAUUAAAGUUUUAAACAAACUGAAUAUAGUCGAUUUUUCCUUACUACUUGGAAUAAGACAUUUAGAUAGGUCAAAUAAUGAUCUUAUGCAACCUCAACCAUCAACUGGUAUAGCUGCUCUUUUUAAUACAGCACAUAGUCUGGCAUUGUUUUGUACAAAUACACAUCUACGUCAUCGUUCAUCAUCAGAUCCUCAAAUUAAUUUAACAUCUUUAAGAAAUUCACAUUUAAAACCAUUACAAAUGAUUGGUGAAAAUGUUGAUACAAAUGUUUUUUAUAAUAAUGAUCCAAUUGCUUCUGCUAGUUUACCAAUACCAGGUAUUAUAAAUAACAGUAAUCAACGUGUUUAUAUAUAUUUGUGUAUUGUUGAUCUGCUUCAACCAUUUGAUUGUCGUAAAUGUAUAGAACAAAAAUUUAAAAAAAUUACUGAUCCUAAUCGACAUAAUCAAUAUUCUAAUAUUGAACCCGACGAAUAUGAAAAACGACUUUUAAAUUUCGUAUUUGAAAAAGUUUUUAUUUGUGCUGAUGAUGAUUUUCCAUGGGUUGUAACUGACGUUAAUGAAUCUGUUACUAAUAUUAAUAAUGAAUCAUCAAUGGACAAUAAUAGACGUAUUAAGAAAACUCCUAUGCGUAGACAUCGAUAUUUAAUUCAACGUUGUAAAAAUUCCAUUGCAAACAAUGAGAGUGAAGCUGAUUUUUAA